AUGUUAAGCGCUGUUGUAUUUAUGACUCGAUUUAAAGCGGUAUCCAACUGGCGUGUCCGGGGCGAUCGAUUCCUAGUUUUCGUCUGCACAUUCCUCGCCUACGCCCUCAUGCACGCCACCCGCAAGACCCUGAGCUCUGUAAAGCCCCUAAUGAUUGCAAAUCUUGUCGGCCACAUGGAUAACACCAACAUUACCCUCCACCCACAAGAACUCUGGUACAAUGCGCACCCCGUGUUUUCGACUGCAGAUGACGCCGCCAUUUUCAUGGGCACUCUAGACUUUCUUUUCCUCCUCUCUUACGCUCUCGGUCUGUAUGUAACCGGUUGGCUUGGUGACCUUUUUGAUCCACGAAAUGUUCUUGCCGGUGGGAUGUUUGGCGGUGCUGUCACAACCUUUCUAUUUGGAGUUCCAUCACAAUGGGGCCAUUUUUACAAUCGAUAUUGGUACGGAAUUCUCUGGUUCAUCAACGGAUUUCUUCAGGCGCCCGGAUGGCCAGCUGGUAUUUCUCUAGUUGCGCACUCCUUCCCGUCUGCUCGCGGUCUAGUUCUUGGUCUUUGGUCCACCUCAGCUGGGGUCGGCAACAUAAUUGGUGCUCUUCUCUCCUCUGCUGUCAUCGAUUAUGGCUACGAGUUCGUCUUUUUCACUGCCUCAUGCCUUCUCGCUGGUGCAAUCUUUCUUGUGCUUGCUGGAGUCCCUACCGGGAUCGUUAGAACAGCUAAGCCUGAACAAACUACCGGGAGUGAUAACCAUGUCCCUCUAUAUCGUAUAUUCUGCCUCCCUGAGCUGAUAUGCUAUGCGUUGGCUUAUGCCGGUCUCAAACUCGUGAACUACUCAUUCUUUUUCUGGCUACCAUUCUAUCUUCAUAACAAAUUUAACUGGGAUGCUGGAACUGCGUCUGCCCUUUCAGCGUUCUUUGACCUCGGUGGACUGUUCGGUGGAAUUGUCGGCGGUGGAAUUUCCGAUCUACCUUGUGUAUCGCGGAACUGGGUCAAUAUAGUAUUCCUGAUGCUCUGUGUGCCCUGUCUCCUGGUCUACCGCAACACACCGGGCAGUCCAUGGGCCUUGAAUGGUUUUGUGAUGGGAAUAACAGGCUUUAUGAUCGCUGGACCGGCUAAUUUAUUAUCAGCUGUGGUAGGGACAGAUUUAGCAGCUUUACCACAGCUUCAAGGAAGGCGAGUGUUAUCAACGAUGACGGGGUUUAUUGAUGGUACCGGCAGUUUGGGAGCUGCAAUGGGCCAAAUUUUGGUACCGGUUUUGCAAGCCAGGCUGGGAUGGGAUUGGGUCUUUCAUCUCUUUCUCAUUUGUUGCAUUCUGACUCUUAUCUUUGUUGCCAUUCCGUUAUGUAUUCGCUGGGUUUCAAGUCGAGGUAGUAUCGUGGAGGAACUGGCACCUAUUAUUGCGGAGGAAUGA